GUUUCUUUUUAUGCGCUAAUUUUUGAUAGCACUUUUGACUAUUUUAACUAUUACAAGAUCAGAGUAUGGAUUCAUUGCGAGAAUAUCAUAUGGCCGAUGCUUCUGUAAAAAUUCAAUUUCUCAUUGAGGAACUUUUGUCCCGUGAAGGAAGUAAUAGAAAAUUAAUUAGUAUAUGUUUAUCGAAAUUAAAUGAAAUGGAUCACAGCACUUUACUUGUGACUGACCCUGACGCUGUAAUGUUGCUGGUGAAUCACUUGUGUACAUCGAUACAGCCAACUGAAAACGCAUUAGUUAAAUCAACUUCAGAAUUCUUGACAAAUUUAAUGAAAAUUGGCGCUAACUUCCAGGGUCGAACACUAAUGGCUUGUAAGCGCUGGAUUUUAGAAACUCUAGAAUAUUCAGAAUUAGUUUCACAGGCGAAUAUUCUUGUUGCUUUACGAAUCUUACUCGCAACCGCCCCGUUUAGUUACAUCAACCAAGAAAUACGAAAAUUACUGGGAGAAAAUGCUCUUUUGUGGAGGUUCCUUCGCAUUCCAGGGUCUCAGUCUCAUGAAAUUCAUUUUUUGGCUUUGAGUUGUCUGGAAGCAGUAUUAACUCGUAAAGAUAAGAAUGAAGUCAUAGUAGCAACUGAUUACUUGCUCAAAAUUAAAGAAAUAGUAAUCAACGUUAUCUUGUCAUUGUCCUUGGAAAAUACUGGAAAAUAUUUCAACAAGAUUAUGUGCAGUUGUGUACGCAUUUUACGAAUUAUAACGUCUGAGAAAAUUAUGAUCAACUCUUCAGAUAAAAUUGGUGAAAUUUUAGGUAUAAUACAAGCUUUGAUGUUUUAUGGUAUCGAUGAUUAUCCAUGCGGAAAGCCACAAAACCUUCGCCCAGCAGCUCUGAGUUUACCAGAAAGUAUUCCAACAAAUUCUGGAAAAAAAAAUGUAAAGACUAACAAGGCAAAGUCCAGAAAGCAAGUACCUAAGAAAUCAACAUUUGAUGUUACCAAUGAGACAUUAACUAAUUCUAAAGUAUUAAGUAAAUUAUCUAGCGAUUCUGAUACUUCAGAUACAGAAGCCUCCAGUAGCAUAAUUCCAGCAGAAUGGAGGGUGCGGAUGGAAGCAGUUAAAUUAUUUCACAACAUUGUUUUAAUCGUACCAAGCCGUGAUUUGUUUGGUUAUUGGACUCAAAUUGUUGCUACUGGCUCAAAAACCAAUUCUCGAGUAAUAACAACACUUAUUUUAAAAGAAACUUCUUAUAAAGUACUACAGAUUGCAUUAAAUACACUCUCUGAACUUCUUAGAGGAGCAAGAACUAUUUUAGGACAUGCUGAAGAUGUAAAAUGUACAUCUUUCAUUACAUUCUUUUCUAUGGUCAGUUCUGUGAUCAAAGAAUUGCACUACACAAUAUCACUAUUCAUGUGUACAGCGAGCAAUAUUACUAUUUUGACACAUGCUCUUAAGUGUGCAACAGCCCUAGCAGAAAGUACACCAUAUCACCGAUUAAGCCCUGGAUUGGCUUCAAGUUUAAUCACAAACUGUAGAUUUCACACGUUACACAAAGAUCCUACUGUAAGAGUGGCGGCACUUGGAGUUUUUGAAGCUCUGGCUAAUUCGGAACCAAUCACAUCAGAAAUUUUGGAUAUUAUCGGAAUGUCCUCCAGUGUUAAUGAUUACUUUGAAUCACUGUCACCAAUGAACAGUUUAAUAGGCUGUGACGAUGCCGAAAACGAAGUUAAUUUUCAUGGUACAAAUAUGUAUAACAAUAUACAAGGUUCUGGUAUUAAAAAUACAAAGGAUGAGCCAAUGAGUUUAUUACUUGAUAUUUGUUUAGAAAAUAUUUCAAACGAGACAAUAAGUGUACCAGUGCGAUUGCAAUCUUUUAAAUUGCUUGGAGUGCUUAUUUCCACCGGUGGAAGUCUUGUCUUUUGUCAUCUUGAAACUGUAUCAACGAAACUGGUCACAUCGAUGCAAGAGUUAGAGCCGCAGAUUGCUCUGCACGCAUGUCGUGUCAUAGAAAUCAUCGCAGGACGACUAGGAGCAACUCAUCUAAAUGAUACAAAUAGUUUAUUUUGGAAAAUUGUAUGUAAACCAAUAUUAUCUCUUGUGCAACACUCUGAAACUAUCUUGAAGGAAGUGGCAUGCGACUGCUUAGGGAACAUUGGUUUGAACGUAUUUUCACAAUUUUCGAAGGAGGAAAGUGUUCUCAUAAUUACCUUAUUAUUUGGUGCUACCCGAGAUCGUGCAAGUGCAGUUAGAGCUUCUGCCUUACGAACUUUGGGAAUUCUAGUAGCUUUACCUGCAUUAGAAGAAGAUGCGGGAUUUCUUAUGGAUUUAGCAGAAAUUACUUUUUCAACAUUGCAAGAUAGUAAUCUGGGGGUACGCAUAAAAGCAGCUUGGACCUUAGCUAGCUUAUGUGAUUAUCUGAUCAGGCGUGAAAACAAUACAGAUAUAGAACCACUUUCCUUAGAUGUUAUUUUAGCAAAGACAUAUGAAUCAAGUGUCAAAGCUACAAAAGAUAAUGACAAAGUAAAAUGCAAUGCGACAAGAGUUGUUGGAAGCGUUUUGUUCCUAUGUCGAGAGAAUUCAAUAUUGGGUGAUACAACGGAAGGCUUAGAAGCUCUUAUUCAAUGUGCUUCUAUCGGCAAUGAUCAAAAGGUACGAUGGAAUGCAUGCCAUGCUAUAGGAUUGGUUUUGAGCCGUGAACCAGAUCGUAUUUUUCCCAAGACGUGGAAAGAACAUGUGUUUCCCACAUUGUGUAAUUUAGUGUGCGACAGUCCGAAUUUCAAAGUGCGUACAAACGCAGCUUGGGCACUUUCAGUCUGCAAUUCAUAUGGUAAACAUAUUAUUUCUGUAUGGAAAAGUACUAUUUUAGCUCUAGAAAAUUCUCAGCACGUUCCAAACUACGUCGAAUAUGCCCAUAGAGAUACAUUUGUGCAGCAGUUGUGUCUUACACUUUGUCACCUCGCUGUUCAGCUGGAUGUAACUGAAUUAUUGACUCUGUGGUCAGAUAUUAGAGACCAUAUAGAAGAUGUAAAGAUUUAUAUGCAGCAAUUUCAGAAUCAUGUUCUGCCUGAAAAAGCUGGUGAUUUGAUAAAUGCCCAUAUACGAUUUUUAAAGUAUGAACAGGAUGCUCCUACAAGUGAAGAAAAGAGAAUUGCAAAGAAGUUAAGAAGCUUAUUUGAAAAGAAGGACUAUCGAGAAAACCAUAACGUAUGCGUUUAAUCACCAGCUCUUAUUUUAACAUGAUAUAAGAACAUGACUUAAGAAAAUUGGAAACAGAUACAUCUCACUUAUAUUCCUGUUUUGCGAAUUGUGACUCUAAUCCCGGGUAUCGCAGCCAGAAUAAGAUGAAAUGCUAUAUUCUACUCCUUAUAAAAAAACUCCGAUGCUUUUAGGUUCUAGUAAUUUUUAUAGAUAUACUUAAAUGUUACUAGCUUAUCUCUACUAGUGCAUUUUGAAGUUUAAUAUAUUUAGUCUGAUGGACGCCAGACUGUUUCUCAAAUAAAUAUUUAUACUCCAAAACAA